AUGCAAGUGCGUCUGGCCUAUGCUGGUGAGAAUGGCAUGACGGUCAGUUGGAAUACCUACUCUAAGCUGUCUAAACCUACUGUCCGUUAUGGCCGUAACCCCAAGCAUUUGGAUCAUGUUGCUCGGUCAGAUGUUUCGGUGACUUAUGAAACCUCUUUGACCUACAACAAUCAUGUUCAAUUAAAUGGUCUGGAGCCUGGUACUACCUACUACUACCUCCCCGUGCAUAGUGAGGACAAGGAGCCAUACUCUUUCAAGACUGUCCGCCCUAAAGGAGACAAGACCCCAUAUUCAAUUGCUGUGGCGAUUGACAUGGGUGUUAUGAGUGCCGACGGCCUGACCACCACCGGUGGUGGAAGUCCUCUCAAAAUUGGUGACCAUAACACCCAGCAGUCUCUCCAGAAUGAGGGAACAGACACUGACUUCUUGUGGCACCCCGGUGACCUUGCCUACGCUGAUUACUGGCUCAAGGAGGAGAUUCAAGGCUUCCUCCCAAACACUACCAUUGCCGAUGGCUACAAAGUGUAUGAAUCGCUUCUGAAUCAAUUCUACGAUCAGAUGGAGCCUAUCACUUCGCAGAAACCAUACAUGGUUGGCCCUGGUAACCAUGAGGCCAACUGUGAUAAUGGUGGUACUACCGACUCUGUACACAACAUCUCGUACAAUGUCUCCAUCUGUAUGCCCGGUCAGACCAACUUUACUGGCUACCGUAACCACUUCCGCAUGCCAAGCAGCGAGUCUGGUGGCGUGGGUAACUUCUGGUACUCUUUCGACAGCGGUAUGGUCCAUUACAUUCAGUUGGAUACAGAGACUGAUCUCGGUCAUGGAUUCAUCGGUCCCGAUGAGGAUGGCGGAACUGAGGGAGAGGAGACUGGACCUUUUGCCUUGAAAGAUGCUCAGAUCAAGUGGCUCCAGAAGGAUCUGGAGUCUGUUGAUCGCAAGAAGACCCCAUGGAUCAUAGCCGCCGGCCACCGUCCCUGGUACGCCAAUGCAAAAAACAAGACCAGCUCCAUCUGCGAAGACUGUCGCGAAGUCUUUGAGCCUCUCUUCAUCCAAUAUAACGUUGAUCUCGUUCUUGCUGGUCACAACCACUAUUACGAGCGCAACGCCCCUAUCAGCAACUUCAACGUUGAUCCCAACGAGUUGAACAACCCCAGUGCUCCGUGGUACAUUGUUAACGGUGCUGCCGGUCACUACGAUGGCCUGGACUCGCUGAAGAUGCCCUUGCAGCCUUACUCUCGAUAUGCUCAGGACACUGCUUAUGGAUGGAGUAAGCUCACCUUCCACAACUGCACUCAUCUCACCCAUGAGUUUAUUAGCAGCUCCAACGGAACUGUUCUCGAUACCGCUACGCUAUUCAAGGAUCGUAAGUGCGAAGAGCAUAAGAAGCACCAUUGGUGA